CUAUUUGACUUGACAUUGACAGCUAAUCACAUUUGCACUUGGAAAUUUACGUUUGUAUCAGGAGAAAAAUGAAAACUAUUCUUGGUUAACCUUGUGACCUUACGUAAGAUUAUAUUAAUUAUAUAAAAUGGGCAAUAAAGUGUCUGCAGAAGCAAUAAACACCAAAAUUCCUGUCAAUAAUGGAAAUCCACCACCAGAAUGUCCUAUGCACAAAAAAGACCCAAAUACGAAAAACGAAACACCCUCAGAAUGUCCUGUUCAGCACGACAAUACUAUAAAUCCUUAUAAUAUGAUGCCACCUGCUAACCAGCAGCCAGCCCCAGAUCAACCAUUCUCAUUACCAACAAAUCGUCAAGUAUCUACAAUCCCUCGUGCUAUGCCAGAUGGAUCCACAGAAUUCUGGGUGUAUCCUAGUCAGCAAAUGUUCUGGAAUGCAAUGCUUCGUAAAGGAUGGCGUUGGAAAGAUGAGGAUAUCAAGCAAAAGGAUAUGGAAGAUAUCAUAAGAAUACAUAAUGCUAACAAUGAACAAGCAUGGCAGGAAGUCUUGAAGUGGGAAGCAUUGCAUGCCAAAGAAUGUGGCCAUCCCAGACUUAAGAGUUUUGGAGGCAAAGCUACUCAAUAUAGUCCACGUGCACAGUUUAGAUCUUUAUUAGGGUAUGAAUUGCCAUUUGAUCGCCAUGACUGGAUUGUAGACCGUUGUGGAAAAGAUGUCCGUUAUGUCAUUGAUUAUUACGAUGGAGGUGAAGUUGACAACAAAUUUCAAUUUGCAUUACUUGAUGUCAGGCCAGCUAUGGAUUCAGUUGAGAAUGUUUGGGACAGAAUGAAAGUAUUCUAUAUGAGAUAUCGUUAUGAAUUCAUUGGUGAAAAAAAAGAUAAUAAAUUGACAAAUUAGUAGUAAGUAUUUAAGUCAAUUUUGAUUGAGUAGAUGUAGUUAUACAACCUACAGUCAGUUAAAAUGUAAGGAUAUAGGUUAAAAAAUGAAUAACUUAUGUGGGGUACUUCUGUCGACAUAAUUUGUCACUGCAGUAACUCUUUGUGAUUUUAAUUGUUUCAUCAUUAUUGCAUUGUAUCA